GGAACGCGAGGCGAAGCGGCGGCCUGUGAUUGGCUGAGGUGGUUUUUUUCAAAGGGGCGUAUUUUUUCAAGCCAUCUUGACUUGAAUAUUUAGCCUCAAUCCAAGCAACAUUAAUUUGAUAUCUUCGCGAUUUUUCUGCCCCGUUUAAGUUGUGAACCGGCGCCGUUUGAGAGGUUCAAACCGUAGCUAUGAAACCGGGUCGAGUUGGUGUGUCGGACCGGAGUCACGGCGGAGGACGGACGUGCUGAAGAUGACGCUGUCGCUCCUGAAAUUACCGGCGAGCUAAGCUAACGGCUAGCAUGUCCGCCUUGGCUGUAGUCUGUCACUAGCUGACAUUUAGCUAGCUGCAGUCGGGUCUGUUUGGCACUGCGGGGGGACCAGUAAAAAAAAAAAAAAAGGGAGCUGGUGUACCCUCCCAUGCUGAAGGCGAGAAGGUGGGAAUGUGACACAGUUGUUAGCAGACUCAUCAUGGGUAGGGGUCGAGGCAGAGGGAGAGGAAGGGGCAGGGGAUCAUCCGGUCAGUUGCGGCCCCCCUCGCCCUACAGACUGCAGCUCUCUCCAUCCAGGGAGACUUUGACAUACGCUCAGGCACAGAAAAUAGUGGAAGUGGACCUCGAUGGAAGGCUCCAUCGGAUUAACAUCACGGAUUCUCUGCCGGUUAUUACAGAGGACGAGAUGAUGGCCCAGGACAUUGCAGAAUGCAACAGCAACAAGGAGAACAGUGAACAAACGCAGAGUAAAACCAGACCUUGGAGGAAACCCUUAAAUGGUAAAAGCAGGAGGAGUGGUAAAAAUACGGCUCACCAGAACCAACGAUCUGGCUCGCAGCAGCACACAGGACCUACUAACUCCUUCCAGCACCCGGCACACCAAACCCCUCUGCCUGAGCCCACCUUCCGUGUGCUGAGUUCAGUCUGCCCCACAGAAGCGCCGCCUCUCCCAGCAGCCUACUAUCGGUACAUUGAAAAGUCACUGGAGGAGCAGGACAGCGUGGCUGAGUACGACAUGGACGAGGAGGACCUGGCCUGGCUGGAGAUGGUGAACCAAAAGAGGGUGUCUGACGGCCAUGCCUCCGUAUCACCAGACACUUUUGAACUGCUGAUUGACCGCCUGGAGAGGGAAUCCAUCCUGGAGUCCCGCAGCCAGGCAUUGUCCCAGAGUUCAGUCGACGAGGAUGCUUUCUGCUGCGUCUGCCUGGAUGAUGAAUGUCUCAACAGCAAUGUCAUCCUGUUCUGUGACAUCUGCAAUCUGGCUGUCCACCAGGAGUGUUACGGUGUGCCCUACGUUCCUGAGGGUCAGUGGCUGUGCCGCUGCUGCCUCCAGUCCCCCUCCCGUCCUGUAGACUGUGUGCUCUGUCCCAACCGAGGAGGUGCCUUCAAACAGACAAGUGAUGGGCGUUGGGCUCAUGUUGUCUGUGCCAUAUGGAUCCCGGAGGUGUGCUUUGCCAACACAGUGUUUUUGGAGCCUGUUGAGGGGGUCAAGAACAUCCCUACUGCUCGCUGGAAGCUCACCUGCUACCUGUGUAAGCAGAAAGGCAGGGGAGCAUCCAUUCAGUGCCACAAAGCCAACUGUUACAGGGCCUUUCAUGUCACCUGCGCCCAGAAGGCCGGCCUGUUUAUGAAGAUUGAUCCCGUCCGGGAGACGGGUGUGAACGGUACCACAUUCUCUGUGAAGAAGACUGCUUUCUGCGAGCAUCAUUCUCCGGUGGGGUCUCGGCGGGAUGGGACUGGAGACGAGUCGGCUGAAGGGAGACUGGUGGGAGGCAGGGGUAACAGGGGUCAGAGGUCCUACACUCAAAGCCCUCCAUCACCACCGAGCAAGAAGGCUACAAAGGGCCAGAAGAAGAAGAAUACCAAAGGGUCCGGUGGGUCGACUCGUCGCUCAACUGUGCCUGUGCUGCUUGUGCCUCAGAUCCCCUCUCACAGGCUGAACAAGAUCUGCACAGGAGUGGAAGUCCAGAGAAAGAAUCAGUUCAUGCAGAGGCUUCAUAACUACUGGUUACUGAAACGACAGUCACGAAACGGGAUGCCUUUGAUACGCCGACUUCAUUCUCAUCUACAGGCCCACAAGACUGCAGAGCAGGAGCCAGAUGAGAAGCUGUGUGCUGCAAGAGAAGAGUUAAGAUACUGGCAAAAAUUGAGGCAGGACCUGGAAAGAGCCCGACUUUUGGUGGAACUCAUCCGCAAGAGAGAGAGGCUAAAGAGAGAACAGAUGAAAAUUCAGCAGGCUGCUCUUGAACUGAAGUUGACACCUGCAUUGGUACUUCUGCGAUCCACCUUGGACCAACUGCAAGAGAAGGACACCGCUAAAAUCUUCUCUCAGCCAGUCAAUCUAUCAGAGGUCCCAGAUUACCUGGAGUUUAUCUCCCAACCCAUGGACUUCUCCACCAUGCGUACCAAACUGGAGGGACACGCCUACUGCUCCAUUGCCGACCUAGAGAAGGACUUCAACCUCGUGAUCGCCAACUGCCUCAAGUACAACUCCAAGGACACCAUGUUUCACAAGGCAGCCUUACAACUGCGGGAGGUGGGUGGAGCCGUUUUGCGUCACGCCCACAGGCAGUCUCAGAGCAUCGGCCUGGACCCCAGCACUGGGAUGCAUCUCCCAGAUCCUCUGAACAAACAUGGCUUCUACCACUGUACGUGGGACGAUGUCGACUCUCUCUUAGACCCAGACAACAGACUGCACUUAACCACAGAAGAACAGCUAAAGGCCUUACUGGACAAACUGGACAUGGUUGCAGCCAUGCGCACCAGUGGCGGCCGAACCAAACGCAUCAGGCUGCUGCGCCGAGAGAUCAACACUCUCAGACAGAAGAUGAACCAGCAGCAGCAAAACUCUCAGUCUGUGAAUGGUAAUGACAAAGAGGACGAAGAAAAAGACGAGGAAGAGGAGGAGGACGAGGAGGAGGAAGAGGAGGAUGAGAAGGAAAAGAAAAAGAAAAAGGAGAAAACAAAUGUAGUCGAUAACGGACCUUUGACAGCAGUGUCUAACUCUGGGACGGAUGACUCCCCACCUGUGCUAGAACUUACUUGCCCAGUGUCAUCACCACUGCCAGGAGACGCUCCUCUCGAGCCUCCGGUCCUGGGCAUCGUAACUGGUGGGCGAAGGUCACCCGGCCGCUCCUACAAGCGUCAGAGGUCAUCUCGCAGCGGAAGCAAAAGCCAAGGUGAAGACGAGGCCGAAGUUGGUGAAACGCCAUCUUCACAACCGGAGGCUGUUCACGAGGUUACCCCGCUGGGAAAACCUCCGACUCUGCCUCUGGUUGGAGUUGGCCGUCGCACGUCUGUCCUGUUCAAGAAAGCUAAAAAUGGUGCGAGAAUGCCAAAAAACAAGUCCCCACCACAACAAAAUGGAAAAACAUCUGAGGAUAAAACAAACGGUUUGGAGAGCACCCCUGCCAGCCCAAAUUCACCCAGCAUGACCAACAUUACUACCUUACCUCCUACUCCCAAUGCUUCCCCUACACCUCCUUCUCCUUCCUCACAUCACCUGAGGUCCAGAGGCCCCAGCUCAGAAAGUGAGGCAGACAAACUCCCCACACCACCCAGAGAAGGAGGCCUGACAAAUGGAAAGCACACCUUUGCAGAUGAUGACGAUGACCAAAAACUGAACUGUAGUGUCUCCCCACCCAAGCGAAGUCGUGGCAAACCUGCAUUGGCUAAAGUGCCCGAGACUGAGAAUGGAGACAUCACUGGGUCUGGAAAGUCUACACUUCUGUCUUUAGAUAGUGAGACCGAGCUCGCACCUCUGGACCUAGUUUGGGCCAAAUGCAGAGGAUAUCCAUCAUACCCAGCAAUGAUUGUUGACCCAGACAUGCCCCAGGAAGGGCUUCUUCACAAUGGCAUCCCCAUUCCAGUGCCUCCUGUGGAGGUGCUCAAACUGGGCGAGUGGAGGGAAACGGAAGAAGGCGAAAAGCUCUUCUUAGUGCUCUUCUUUGACACCAAAAGAACUUGGCAGUGGCUCCCACGGAACAAACUGCUCCAUCUGGGGAUGGACGACACUGUAGACAAGCUGCGCUUAAUGGAAGGCAAGAAGCCAAGUGUCCGCAAGUCUGUACACACUGCAUACGACCGGGCCAUGGUACAUUUAAACCACGUGAGAGGAAAUCUGAACUUCACUCCCUCCAAUUUUAUAUAAAUUUUAGAUUUUAUCAUCUUAAAUAAGCUGCCUGGUUGUCAGUGUAGAAACUUCAUCAGUGCUCUUUAAAUAGGUCAGAAAGUAAAAUGAGCAUUUGAUGCUAUUUGAAGGUUUAAAAGCUUAAAAACAGUCGCUCUGAUUUUUAAAAUAGAAAGGAAAAGUGCUUGAAGACAUUUUCCUAGAUCGAUUUGUUCAUUUAUUCAUGUAAUUAAAAAAAAAAAAAAAGAUUUUACACAACCACUGUUGCUAUGUGUUCAUAUGAAGUUUUUUUUUAAUUUUUAUUUUUUUUAAUUUUUAUUUUUAGGCCAAAGUGAGUCAAGACUUAAGUGAGAAAAGUGUAAAUAUUUAUUCGUCAAAGGGAUCGUCUUGAUUCAAAACAUAUUUAGAGAUUGUAUUUGCCAUUGAAAUGUCACUGUGUUUAAUGAAGUGUGAAAGUCCCACUUAAUGUUCACGUCAUAUCUGGAAUCUACUAGAAGUUUGGCUUUGGACGGCAACAUUUGUGUUCGCACAUACAUGUAAGACAUCAAACUUUAAAAUCAAACUUCUUCUUUAGAUCUUCCUUACAUUGAAGCCCAUUGGAUCUUGCCUUUCUGCUACCAUUGACAUUAAACAGCAUUAUUCCUAAACAAGCUAAGCCAAAGUGCAUAACUGGCUCUACGUUUGACUCCUACUGUGUUUUGUUUUUUUGCUCAACACUUGAGAGAACUGCUCAGUAGAUGGUGUCAAAGAACAAAUUGAAGUAAAUUAUAAAUUCUUCAAGUUUGGGUCAACGGGCUGCCAGUGCAGCCAUUCUUCUUAAACUGUUGGUCCAGCUAUGACGUGUUGUAUGUGGAGCUUUAGAGGUCUUUACUUAUUUUUCCAUAUUGUGAAACUGUAAUAUGAUACUAGAAUGUUGGAGUACCCCGUGCAGCUACAUGGUUAGUAAGAUGUGAAGCCACUAUGGAGGUGAAGCUGGUUAUUUUGUGGUUCUGACAAAAGUCUACUGCGAUCACUCACUGAAGAACUUGCAAUUGUUUGCAAAUCUGGCUGAAAUGACUUGAAAAGCACAAUCGGUUUGUUUAAAAAACAAAAAAAGUAGGAUUGAUGACUCCUGGAGCCAUAUAUGUGGCAAAAAUGUGUGUGUGCGUGUGUGUACAGUAUAUACAUAUAUGAAUACAACCUCAGUGUAGUAAAGGUGCAUGUGUAUAGUUUUGUAAAUAUGUAAAUGUAUGUUUAUAUUGGCUUACAUGAAGUAAUUUAAGGAAUGCAAAAAUCAAAUUUAGAUUUUAAUUUAUAAUUUGUGGCAGUCGAGAGUGUUAUUUAAAAAGUAAAAAAUGAAAAGAUUUAUGUAUGAUGCUAAGUAGCUCUUUGUAAUAGUGAUGGUAUUCACCAACAUGUCCGAACAUAUUCUCUAGAAGUGAGGUGGCACAAGACCUGAGCUCUGUAGGCGGCGGUAGUCUACAAGAGUUUGUUUUGGGUUUGUUUUUUUGUUUGUUUGUUUGUUUUGGGUGGCAUAGGAGAUUUUUGAUCUUGUCAUUUCAAUUGUACUGCGAGAUCUAUAAUCUGCCUGAGACAAUAUUUUCUCACACAAGAAUAAAUGCUGUUUGAAACAAC